CUCACUGGACCCUCGCCAGCCAACAUGGAAGGCCACACCAAGCUUUCGAUACUUAUGCUGAUCAUCUCAGUAAACUUCCAUCAUGCGAAGCCAUCUAACACAAAAGAGGCCAGGAAGGUCGGUCUACUCAUCCCAGAGAAGAUCAUUGGAGGUGUCAUCGACAUAGUGCACAGCCACAAACACAAACCCUCGACCACUGGCCAGACUCAACAGCAAGUCCAGCAGCAGACUCAGGUGGUCACUCAGCAGAAUUACCAGCCCCAGCCUGGAUACCAGCCCCAGUAUCCCAACUACCAGUAUCCCCCAGCACCAAACCAAGGGGCUUACCAGUCGCAGUAUCAAUCACAGCUACAGAACUCAUACAAUAAUGGAUACCAACCUCAAGGCGGUGGAAAUUACCCCGCAAGUUACCCACCACCCAGCUACCCUCAAAACCCUGCCCCUGUAUACCAGGGACAACAGCCCAGCUACGGUAAUACACAAAGCCAAUCGCAAGGCCAGUAUCAAGGCAACUACCUCCAGAACCAAGGCCAGUACCAAAAUCAAAACCAGCAAUCAACAGGACAGUACCAGAAUCAAAAUCAGAACCAACAGCAGAUAUCAGGGCAGUACAAUCAGAACCAGCAGAAUUCUGGACAAUAUCAGAAUGUAAAUCAACAAAUUACGGGGCAGUACCAAAAUAACAACCAAAAUCAGCAAAAUAACCAGUUUCAAGGAUCCAGCAAUCAACAAUCCAGUGGCCAGUUCAUUGGACAAGGUUCUGGUGGUCAGGGUGGUGGUUUCCAGAUUUCUGCUGGUCACCAGUCUGGCGGGCCUGGGCCUACAUGUGUCUGUCAGGCUUGGACUAAGCCAGAAAGUGUGAAUGAAGUCCCCUCACCGAAAGGACAAGAGAAAAGUGAAAACUCUACAGCCGUGUAA